ACUGUCAAUGGUCAUCCUCACAAACUCAUUUUGAAAGAGAGAGGAGAUCGAUAUGGCGCUGAGAGAGUUAAAAGUUUGUCUCCUUGGGGACACUGGCGUCGGAAAGUCAAGUAUUGUUUGGAGAUUUGUGGAGGACAGCUUUGACCCAAACAUCAACCCAACAAUUGGGGCAUCCUUCAUGACCAAGACAGUGCAAUACCAAAACGAGCUUCACAAGUUCCUGAUCUGGGACACGGCAGGACAGGAGCGGUUCCGAGCUCUGGCACCAAUGUACUACAGAGGUUCAGCGGCAGCCAUCAUUGUUUAUGACAUCACAAAAGAGGAGUCCUUCCAGACAUUGAAGAAUUGGGUGAAGGAGCUGCGGCAGCAUGGCCCUCCUAAUAUAGUGGUAGCCAUUGCUGGCAACAAAUGUGACCUGUCAGAUGCCAGGGAAGUCUCGGAGAAGGAUGCCAAGGACUAUGCUGAUUCCAUCCAUGCCAUCUUUGUAGAAUCCAGUGCCAAGAAUGCCAUUAACAUCAACGAGGUGUUUAUAGAGAUAAGUAAGCGCAUCCCUGUUGUUGACGCAGCAGGAGGAAGUUCAGGAAAAGGUUUCAAACUGGGACGGCAAGCCUCAGAGUCUCGCAGGACGUGCUGCUGAUGAUGCCGGUGACUAUCCCCACGUGACCUGUGACCUGACCUUUUGCUUACCCUCUUUGCCUGGCCUGCUUCAGCUUACAGCUACCACACUCCGUCAAACACCCUGCCAAUCAAUGACGCCCAGGUGAAACCGUGCCAUUCCGGUGACCUUAGCAAAUGCAUUUUUCACUUCAACAACAGCAACUCAUCAUGUAUCGUCUGAAAUUUUCUGGCAAGAGAAACAGUUCAACCGAACAUUGACAAAAAUGCUUGCAUCAGUACAUUGAUGGUGUUAGUGACAUACAAUUUUACUGGCUCCUAUAAUGGACAUCAGUCUCUGUCUGGCGUAUUGUAGCCGUAUGUUGAAUAGAAGAACUGAUUCAUGGAUUCGGGAGUCAUCUGUACUUGUAAAUUUGUACAUGUACAUUAUUUUUCGCCCAAAAGAUGAAUGGAAAUGGGUUUGAAUCUCACCAAAUUAUUUUGAUAGUGCUUAAGUUAUUGCCUUUUGUUUUUUGAAAAAAAAUUACGUCUUGGAAAGUCCAUUUUUACAGUUAAUGUGUGUAAUCACUAAUUUGUCAUAAGAUUUUGAUGAAACAGGUUAUUUAGACAUCAGCGUUUGGAAAGAUGUUUGUCGUUUCCAAUCAGAUUCGCACUCAAGUAGGACUGUGCAUGCUAAAUAACAUUUUUAUUGUGUGAUUGAUGUUUUCAUCAAGAUAUUUUUCGAGGCAAAUUACAAAAUGGGUGUCUUGAUGUAAAUCACAAUCACGUCGUUAAAGAUGCAGAAAUGAAAGGUGUGUUGCAGCUUACUUCCUCUAAUAUGUUGUUGUUAUUGUCUCUUUAGCUUGUAAAUGAUGUUUUGAUUGUCACUUGAUCCUGAGAAUGAUAGCAAAUAUGGAAACUUUAAUCUCUGUGAUGAGAAGAACCUUGUAGUCCACAUCUCACAGCGAUGGCACUAAAAAUGCUGACUCCGUUGGCAGUCUCCAAGUUUAUUAUAUGUUAACAGUUCCAGCUGUUCAUGCGUGUUCCACAUUUCCACUUGUAAGUGCAAAAUUGUAUUAACAAAAUCCUGUAUAUGAAGUGCCCCAUAGUGAACAGAGUAUACUGCUAGUUGUUUCACAAUAUUACUUGUGCUUUAUUUUUCUAUAAUCCCAUUUUAACCAUUUACUGGCGAGCCUGGCUGUCUUAAUUCCUUUGCUGCUACUUUAAAACAGUUUUACAGGGGAGGCAGAAUUUGUGAGGUUUUGCCAAAUUCUUUAAUUGUCCCAUAAACAUUUUUCAUCUUUCCUUUUUUUCAUAUAAUCAGCCCUGGCUCACACAUUCAAUGUUGCUUUACUACCUGGCCUGCGAUAAAAAACAAUGAGAUCUGGAAACUAGACCUCAUUCAGUGGAAACUCUUAAGUUCUUGAGAGCUUAAAUCGCCCUUUAGCGAGAGGGUUAUAGGUGCAGAAUCAAACGUGGCACUGUGUCGACAUGCUGACCCUUUAAUGAACCUUAGUCUCCAUUCUGCUCUCAAUUACUAUAUGUGCUUUGUUCCAGGGUCUGCUUUCUGAUUUUCCUUUCUCUCACUUUUUCUGCCUCAUUCCUCUAAAUACCAGGCACUUACUGUAAGGCCAGGUUAUAUGGGACAGUAUAAAACAGCUUUCACAGAGCCCUAUCACCACCUCUUACAUUCAAGAAAAUCAUGAGUGCUCUGUGAUCCAUGUGCUAAAUCUCUCUAGAUUAAUUUUAUUGGCUUAAUUGAACUUCAGUUGCCUCAUGAGCCCCUGCAUACUUAAUAAUUCUGUGUAAUGUCAUGUUUGUUUGUACCUCUUGAGCUCUUAUAGCCCAAAAACCUCUUUACAAAGUUGCCAAAAAAAAAUCACAGAUGUGGGCUUAAUUAGACUGCAUUUACAAAUAUAGAUUUUGUGCUUUUUUAUGCACACAAGCAAGUUUAUUUUUCCUUUAAGGAUCUUAAAUGUCACUGUUACAGAUGAGUUGUGUACUGAGCAGUGCUGCCUAUUUUUUUUUACAGGAUUUUCCUAAAGAGUGCAAUAGUUGUUAUUAUGACAAAGGUAAAAAUGUGACCUAAUCCAAUAAAUCAGUCAGAGUGAAACGUUCAGGCAGUAGAGCACAAAUCUCGUGCAAAAAUGUGAUCUCAUUCCCUCAUUCUCCAACAGAUUCUAAUGACAGGUUUACAUUUUAUUGGUGACAGUUCUGCUCAUACAUAGUUGAUCAAAUGAGUAGUGUGACGAGGCCAAGCAAAUGCCUUGAAAACCAGAGUAGCAUUCUGAACUUGUGAUUGAUUUUUGACUCACUUUGCUGUCUUAAAUUAGUCACUCUGCACUAGAUCAUAAUCCUAUUUCCACGUAGUAUUUACUAUAGCUUCAGCAAUUAUAUUAAAAAGGGAAUAACUCUGGUACUUUGAAAGCUGCACUUUGACCGACUGUUUGUAUUAAUUGGCCCAUAUCACUAACUAACACUCUGUCUGCAGUCUGUUAUUAUCUCUGUGAACUCACUUGAUGAUGAAUAUUCAUGCAUCAGAAUUCUUAACGUCCCUUCGAUGUUAUUUUAGGUUUUGACUGUUUGCUCGGUUCUUAUUAAUAUAAAGAACAUGAUGCCAAAUCAUGUCAAAGCCAUUCUACUACAUCAUGCAUAAUUAACCUUUUUUUUUUAAUGUUGAUGUAAUAUAAUGAUUUAAAGCGCAAAUCACAUAACUGCUUUAAAAUGUUUGAAGUUUUGAUGAUGAAGGCUGGUUUGACACAUUUUUUUUCCCCCCUAAUUUGCGAACAGGAGGCAUAGAUAGAAGUUGUGUGCCAGUUUUGCAUUGAAAAAUACCAAUAGUCUUGGGCUGGCCCUGGGAAUGUGAUUAAUCUAUAUUAUGUAUAUUUUUCAGUGUAGAUAUAUACCAUCAAAUUGCACACAAAAUCUACUAUAUUCUAUUCAAAACCAGUUGUGUGACCACAAUAGACCUGUACACUAUUUGCAGUAAUAUCAUCAGCACUGUAGUUACCAUAUUUAGCUUUUUACUAUGUUUCAUAUUGAUUGUAACAAAAUGCCUGAAAAACACUUGUUUGCAGUGUAUUUCCAAAUCUGUAAAAGGGAAUUGUCAAUUUGUUUACUAAUAAAAG